AGGCAGUCCGCCUCCGUGACUGCGUGUCUAGCAUCACAGAGACAAUGCUUUAGCACUGAUGGCCUGGCUCUCCUGCCCUCUACCUGUCCUCCUGCUUCGGAAGACUGCCUUGUGGGACAGUCUCAGCCUCAGUCAGUCACCGUGUCCUGGAGUUGGAGCCUAAACCAGCUGAGAUGCCUUCUCUGGGCCUGGUGAUGGAGAACGGCCAGGCGCUCCCGGCCUUCCUGCUCUGCAGCACCCUGCUGGUCAUCAAGAUGUACGCGGUGGGUGUCAUCACAGGCUACACUAGGCUUCGGAAGAAGGCUUUUGCCAACCCGGAGGACGCCCUGAAGCAUGGAGGCCUCCAGUACUACAGGAGUGAUCCAGAUGUGGAGCGCUGCCUCAGAGCCCACCGCAACGACAUGGAGACUAUCUACCCCUUCCUCUUCCUGGGCUUCGUCUACUCCUUCCUGGGACCCGAACCUUUGAUCGCCUGGAUCCAUUUCCUUGUUGUCCUCACAGGCCGUGUGGUGCACACGGUAGCCUACCUGGGCAAGCUGAACCCGCGUGUCCGCUCAGGAGCCUAUGUCCUGGCCCAGUUUGCCUGUGUCUCCAUGGCCCUGCAGAUCCUCUGGGAAGUGGCCCAUCACCUGUGACCAGUGGCUGGAACCUAGUCACCUACCACACUGUGGACAGAAGCCACCGAGGCUGAACCUGGAGACUUGGUGUCCCUUCUAGAAUAGGGAUGGGUUCAGGUCCCGGGUUCCUGGCCACCUAGGUGUGUUGGAUCCCUGAGCCCAAUGUGUGCGCGUGUGUUUCUUAGCCUCUUGGGCUCUGGAUGCCCAACUAGAACCACUUACAGAUGAAUUGUGAAGAUCGCCAGUACAUCCUUGACCCUCACAAAAGCCUUAAACAUCACCCACACUCCCUCGUGCCCCUUAAAACUGAAAGGACAGCUGGGCAGUAGUGGCACAUGCCUUUGAUCCCAGCACUGGGGAGGCAGAGGCAGGCAGAGCUCUGUGAGUUCGAGGCCAGCCUGGUCUACAGAGCGAGUUCCAGGACAGCCAGGGCUACACAGAGAAACCCUGUCUCAAAAAACCAACCAAACAAACAAAAACAAUCGAAAGGACAGAGGAUUCUCUAACAAAGCCAUCAUUCCCUCCAGGGCUAAAAAUGAAGACUUCUCAAACCUACCCACAACUCUGGGCCAGCCAGAGAGGCCCAGCGGCGGCCAGAUCCCUCUCAGACUGCACAGCUAGGGCACUUGCCUGAGGUGGGCAGGUCUCAGGUCCCUGUUGACACCUCCCUGUCCUUUGUUCCGAGUGCCUUAGUACAGGCUCAGGAAUGGUAAGUGCAUACAGUAAGUCCAGCCCGCCUGGUCAAGGCCUUAGCUCCUCCAAAAGGCAGUCAGUGAUGGGCUUUGGCCGACCAGCUACGGAAAGUGAACUUUGGGCUUGUUCAGCAUCUAUGAGGUUUGAAGAUACCAGACGUCUACCCCUGUGGAAAACCUCGUGUGUGUGUGUGUGUGUGUGUGUGUGUGUGUGUGUGUGUGUGUGUGUGUGUGUGUGGUGUUCCAGAGUCUUCUGAGACCUGUUCAGGGUUAGUCAUUAAACAGUUAUGUGUGA